CUGAAAUACUGAAACAGCUGAAGCUAAAAUAAACAAUUAAAAAAACGAAUUGUCUUUGGCCUGAAAAGAGUCAGACGUCCUGUUAUAGUGAUGAACUCAUUCAACAGAAAACAUUUUAAAAACAGAUUAAAAUUCAAAUUUAACUGUUUUAAAUGAAUCACUGAUGGUUCCUUUGAUCUUUAAGAGUUAUGAAGCGUUUGCAGGAACGUCCUCGGAGGUGAAACCCUGCGGUGUUUUGUGCGUCAUCAUGUCCUGAAAAGACCUCCUGUGAUUGGCUGACAGCUUCACUUUGUUUUGACUUGUCCUCAGCUGUCCCUUCCUGGCGUCCAACCUGACCCCGGCCAUCCCUGCGGUGGGCGGCAUCCUCUUCAUCUUCGUGAUGGGGAUGCUGUUCAGGGCGAGUUUCACCGACCCCGGCGUCCUGCCCCGAGCCACGCCGGACGAGGCCGCCGACCUGGAGAGGCAAAUUGACUCAGCCGGCUGCUCCAGACCGCCUCCUCGCACCAGAGAGGUUCUGAUCAACGGACAGACGGUCAAACUGAAAUACUGCUUCACCUGUAAGAUCUUCAGACCGCCGCGAGCGUCGCACUGCAGCCUGUGUGACAACUGUGUCGAGCGUUUCGACCAUCACUGUCCGUGGGUCGGGAACUGUGUCGGACGGAGGAACUAUCGCUUCUUCUACCUGUUCAUCCUCUCGCUGUCCUUCCUCACCAUCUUCAUCUUCGCCUUUGUCAUCACACACGUCAUCAUCAGAUCGAACCGGACGGGUUUCCUGAGCGCACUCAAAGACAGCCCAGCCAGCGUCCUGGAGGUGGUGGUGUGUUUCUUCUCCGUCUGGUCGAUCGUUGGUCUGUCGGGGUUCCACACGUAUCUCAUCAGCUCCAACCAGACCACCAACGAGGAUAUUAAAGGGUCGUGGUCCACCAAGCGAGGGAAAGAUAACUACAACCCCUACAGCUACGGAAACAUCCUGACCAACUGCUGUGCUGCUCUGUGUGGACCUCUGCCUCCCAGUUUGAUUGACAGGAGAGGACUGAUCCAGGCUGACACCCCACAGACCAUCUCCCAGUCCUCCCAGUCCAACGGGACCAGCUACGCCUCCACCCAGCUGCACAGUCACAUGUGUGAUCAGGAUCAGUGCAUCCAGAGCACCAAGUUCGUCCUCCAGGCUGCAGCCACCCCGCUGCUCCACAGUGACCCCGUCAUCCUGGCCCCUCUGCCAGGGAAGACCACCACACUGGGGGGUCCCUGCGCCUACCUGGCCCCCUCCCAGCCCUCCCUGCCAUCCUGCGGGGGGGACGUCCUGACCCUGAGGGACGCCACCGUCGACUCCCACUGCCACCACCACCUCCACCAUCACCACCAUCACCACCACCACCACUUUGUCAGCCCGGAGGAGACGCCGUGCAGCACGCCGCAGGGCGCCCUGCCCUGCCCUGCCCACCUGCACCUGCACCCACACCCCCCUAUCCCCACCCCCGCCGCCCUGUACGACCCCGCCAGUCAGGACGCUCUGCACGAGGACUCCGUCAGAGGGCUGGUGAAACUCAGCUCCGUCUGAUUCAAACUGUUCAACCCAUAAAAAGGCGGGACGGGACAACUUUUAGAUGUUGAGGAUUUUCUGUUUGACCGUUGGACCAAAGCCAUAUGUCAUCAUCCAUCUCUGCAGGAUCUGAUGUCAGAUUCUGUUUCAGACAUUUCAGCCAGGAUAAGCUGCUUGGUGUCAGACGGAUGCAGUCUGACCAGGACCAAAGGUUUUUGUUUUUUUACGAUAAAGAAUUGGAUCUUCAGUGUUUAUGAGGAAUAAUAAGAACUGACUGUUUUUAACAAAAACACAGGAAGCAGGACUUGGUUUCCAAAAUAAUUUCUGCAGACAUGAGUUCAUGAAGCAACGACACUGCCAGAUGUUCAGCUGGACUUCACCUCUGUAAAGACAUGUUCACACUACCAGUUAAACUGUGGAACGUCACAGCAGCUAAAAUGAAAUCAUCGGGAUUUAAUUCAGAAUUUUCAAAUUCAACUUUGGUGAAAUUUAAAGGGAAAAUUUGCCACCUUUAAUGUGGAAGUCCAGUCAGUGUUGAUGGUUAAUAUAGUUAGUUGAAGUAAUGAAUUCCUCAGUGCCGUGGUUUCCUCCAGGUGCUCUGACAUGUUCUCCCCGUGUCAGCGUGGGUUUCCUCCAGGUGCUCCGACAUGUUCUCCCCGCGUCAGCGUGGGUUUCCUCCAGGUGCUCCAGCUUCCUCCCACGAUCCAAAGACAUGCAGGUUAACUGGUGACUCUAAAUUGUCCAUAGGUGUGAAUGUGAGUGUGAAUGGUUGUCUGUCUCUAUGUGUCAGUCCUGUGAUAGUCUGGUGACCUGUCCAGGGUGAACCCUGCCUCUCACCCAGUGUCAGCUGGGAUAGGCUUCAGCCCCCCUGUGACCCCCAACAGGAUAAGUGGUUACAGAAAAUGAAUGAAUGAUUCAGUUUCUGUUGGUGUCAGAGGGCAGUUUGAUCAAAGGCCCCACCAUGGAUGGAUUGUUCCCUCUGGGUUGGAGGAUAGUUACUACACCAAGUGAAAGAGUUCAAGUAUCUCGAGGUCUUGUUCAUGAGUGAAGGUAAAAUAGAGCGUGAGAUGGAUCAGUGGUUUGGAGCGGCGUCUGCAGUGAUGAGGGCGCUGCACUGCGCCAUCGUGGUGAAGAGGGAGCUGAGCCAGAAGGCAGAGCUCUUGAUUUAAUGUCCCUGUUCUCGUCUGUCCCCAUGAGUCACUCUCAGGAUGUUACAGAUGCAACAUGACAACAUCCUGGAACGACUCAUUAAAAAGUGGUGAAUUUUCCCUUUAAACCUGAGAAUCAGCCGUGCAGCUGUGUCACCACCCAGUCCUGUUGAAGCUCCUCUGUCAGAAUAUAAAGCUGCAACAAUUGGUCAAUUAAUCGAUUAUUUGAUCAACAGAAAAUUAAUCAACUAUUUUUAUGAUCAAUAAAGGUUAAGAGAUGUUUAUUGGUAAAAGUGGACAUUUAAAUGAAGUCAGUUCAGGCUGAAGGAAACCGUUUUAUAACGUUUAACAGAUCAAACGAUUCACUGAUAAAAUCAUCAGCUGAUCACUAACGAACAGACGUGCAGCUCCAAAAUGUGAAUGACUUAACAUUUAAAUAAAGGUGUUCAAAAGUCUUAAACUGAACCCUGUGACGGCUGUCGAUGAUGUCACUGCAGGAACCCUGUGACGGCUGUCGAUGAUGUUACUGCAGGAACCCUGUGAUGGCUGUCGAUGAUGUCACUGCAGGAACCCUGUGAUGGCUGUCGAUGAUGUCAGCGUGAAUUAAAAAAGAUAAAUGCCUUAUUUUAUAUUUGAUUUCGUUGAUGUUGAAUCUGUGAAGGAUCGUCCUGCAGAGACUCGGAGAAACUGAAAAUCGUCACUGACAUGUCGGUUUUUUAACUCGCUGCACUUCCAUGAUGAUUCCUUGACAGGUGAUGACGCCACACACCUGAGCGCUGCCUUGUGGGAAAUGUAGGCAGCUUUAAAGUCGUGGUGCAGCUGAAGGCGGUGGAGGUGAACUGUGGUGUUGACGGGACGGACGGCGGCUGCAGGACUCUGAAUCACUCGCCAUGUUGUCUUCACUCAGCUGAUGAUGUAUCUUAGUAACAGGCGUUGUCAUCCAAUCAGUGUGGGAGACACGACGCUGCUGAUUGGACGUCAGCUUAUGAUAAUUGUGGUUUCUUCUCCAGCUGUUUCAUGAACAACUGUGGAUUUCAAUAAAACAUCUUAUUAAAAAAAGAAGUUUGUAGUUUAAAGGUCCAGU